CUAUCUGUUUGUGGUUCUGGUUUGUUACUAUUUAACCCUUUGUUGCAUGCCAGAAGUCCAAAACAGAAGAAAUAAAAUUGUCAUUUAAGUGUUAAACCAGAACAAACUCAACUUAAUCGUUUGAUGGUCAUUUUCAUUGGAACUGCUGGAGAAAAUUCAGUGUCCAACUGGCUGGACAACAAGCACAAAAUCAAAUGAAUAAAGGAUACUGUAAAUAUACUAAGUGGAAACCUAUUGCAUAAUAAAAAAUACAAAAUAAAACUACUAUAGGAUUUUAAACAGUAUUAUAGUUGAAAUAAUGUAGUGUACUGGUAUUUUUAAUAAAAUUAAAUGAGGUGCACAAUGAAAUGCUUACUAUAGCUGUAAAGGCUGUAUCUCAGAUGUGGCACUGAAUGUUUGUGUUCAUGCCAGUUAAUCUCACAAAAAGGGUCCACACUUGUUAAAGCUGGAAGCGCUCUCGCUGUUGGAAUGAAAGGUCACAGAAUUAUUAUCACUGACAAUCUGGAAGCAGCUAAUUUCAAUAGCACCUGAUGUUUAGAUACCCCAUCAGCAUCUCCCCCUCCUUUCUCUCUCUCUCUCACACACACACACACACACAACCCUCCCCUUUUCAAGCAAGCCAAUCAGGUUCUACACCAGGCUAACGGAUGGUCCCAUAAAUGGGAGUAAAAGGAGAUGCUGGCAGUCAGUUUCAGUGGAGUCUGUCUUUUUUUUAUUUUCCCCACCACCCUUUCUUUCCUGCAGCCCUGAGUAACGUAAGGAAAGCUUUUUGCUACCACCCACUGCUCAACCUCCGACCGGCACACAAUUACACACACAAACACACACACACACACAUGCACACGCUUUCUCGCCUCUCCUCUCUUGUGCUUUCCCCUUGGAUCUGACUCUAAAAGGAGUGACUUUUUUUUUUCAAAGAGAAGAUUUUGAAGCAUCUCUAAUUUAAAAAAAAAAUUCAAUAAGAAUGGUCAUGCUCUGGAAAGAAGAAUGUCUGCUUUUAGAAAACGUCUUCUGUCUCUGAUAUACUGAGGGCUCCAGGGGGGAAUUCGCUCAGGGAGGGGAAAAAAAGAAAUACAAAUCUGCUGUCGGUUUACAAAUGGAGUGGAAUGGGUUUAAAAUGGGCUCGACAGAGACACAGUGGCGUCAGGGGGAACUCCCACAGCUGCAGGGCUGGGCAGAGAAAGCGAUGCUGACACAGCCAAAGAUGAUAAUCAGCAACAUGGAGCCUCAGGUGACAAAUGGGCCGACUGCCACCACGGCCAACGGGCCCUCCAGUAACAGCCGGAGCUGCUCCUCCCCCAUGCAGUCUGGCGGCCUCGCCGACGACAGCAAGACCAACCUCAUCGUCAACUACCUGCCCCAGAACAUGACGCAGGAGGAGUUCCGCAGUCUGUUCGGCAGCAUUGGAGAGAUCGAGUCCUGCAAGCUCGUCCGGGACAAGAUUACAGAACCUCCUCCCUGCAAGCAACCCGUUGCCAUGGUUUCUCCAAUAGGGGCCCGCCCCGCAGCUGAUUGCAAUGGAAUCCUUCCAGGGCAGAGUUUGGGCUAUGGCUUUGUGAACUACAUUGAUCCAAAGGAUGCAGAGAAAGCCAUUAACACAUUAAAUGGACUUAGACUUCAAACCAAAACUAUUAAGGUGUCCUACGCCCGGCCCAGCUCAGCCUCUAUCCGUGAUGCUAACCUGUACGUCAGCGGCCUACCCAAAACCAUGAGCCAGAAGGAACUGGAGCAGCUCUUCUCCCAGUACGGACGCAUCAUCACGUCACGCAUCCUGGUGGACCAGGUCACAGGCCCCUCAGGUGCCUCCCGGGGCGUAGGGUUUAUCCGCUUUGAUAAGAGGAUAGAGGCAGAGGAGGCCAUCAAGGGGCUGAACGGACAGAAACCCUCGGGCGCCGCUGAACCAAUCACUGUCAAGUUCGCCAACAACCCCAGCCAGAAAACCAGCCAGGCCCUCCUCUCCCAGCUCUACCAGUCCCCAAACCGGCGGUACCCCGGCCCCCUGCACCACCAGGCCCAGAGAUUCAGGCUGGACAAUUUGCUUAAUAUGGCCUAUGGCGUAAAGAGGUUCUCUCCCAUCACCAUCGACAGCAUGACCAGUCUGGUGGGCAUGAACAUCCCCGGGCACACUGGGACUGGCUGGUGCAUCUUCGUCUACAACCUGUCUCCAGACUCGGACGAGAGUGUGCUGUGGCAGCUCUUCGGGCCCUUCGGAGCGGUCAACAACGUCAAGGUCAUCCGUGACUUCAACACCAACAAGUGCAAAGGCUUCGGCUUCGUUACCAUGACGAACUACGACGAGGCGGCCAUGGCCAUCGCCAGCCUGAACGGCUACCGUCUGGGUGACAGAGUCCUCCAAGUCUCCUUCAAAACCAGCAAGACCCACAAAUCCUGAACCCCACAACACAGCAACUCCACACAGGAAAAAUGAAAGAACUGGGGAUGGCUUAUAAUAUAACUUUGGACCUAUAAGCCAAUGUUGCCUAAGUAUUAAAAGAAAAAUAAUAAUUUGGAAGCCUUGUGAUGUAACAGGAUUUUGUUUUCUUUUUUUUAUGUACACAGUAGCAAAACCGGUCCCCGUAAUUUCAAAGACGUGAAUGUCUUUUUCUUAAGAUUUGCGUUUUGUUCUAGACUUUGUGGGUAUUCUUCCUACCUAGGUUGGCUGUCUUCUGAUAAACAACUUUCUUGAAAGAGACGGGGGGGGGGGG